AUGUUCCACGGUUUUCUUUGUCGCGCGCAUGUUUCUGCUUGUGGCAGAUUUCGUACUCCGAAUCGUCGAGCUUUCUCAUACGUGUCAACGCACCGAACCUUUCCAGCAAGUCUCUAUCGAUUUCAAAUCCACCGCGACUCGCAGCUCUUUGACAGAGCUACUGGACAAGAUGAUUGGGAAUAUGAGGAUGGUGUUGAGGUCUCCGCGGAUGGCUUGGUGCACCCGAACAUUACCACUGAUUGUACGCGAGAUCCCAACCAAUCCUCAUUCUUCACUUACUCAGCCCAUCCAGUUUCUAAUGGUGCAUUACUAAUGCCAAAUACACACUUCAUGCAAGAGAUCACAAGAAGGUCAUUCGAUCACUAUCUGGAUAACUUGGAAAGUGACCAAACUUCGGCCGAACCUCAUUACUUGUGCAUACCGAAAGGCACUUCUAUUCCCGAUUCGUUGACUCUGUUUCGUGAACGCACCUCUCGCUUCUCCCUGCAGCCUGCGCAUCCCAUGUCACUGGAUAGUCUAAACAAAACUUUGACUCGAUUCUAUCUCGACGCUGGCCUUGUUUUCAAACCUGACGACUGGCUUGGGAGGAAUCCUUACCACGAGGCAUCUUUUGAUGAUAAAGAAGAAUGGAUGAGCAAGUGA